AUUCGGUAUGCCGUACAGAGUAGGGUUGUUGUUGUCAGAAUUUAAAGAGGAUACCGGAUUACAAACCGCCCCUUCCUUGCUCCCGCCUGGAUCUCAGCGAUAGAACCGACCCGAGCGUCGCCGAGCACCCAGAACCACUGACAGAAACAGGACAACAGCGACAGAGAGACAGACAGAGGCAGGGAGACACAAUCCGGGAGAUCAGUCCGAGACAGACCAGUUGACCUGGUCUUGCUGGUGGGAAGGAUGAGCUCCAAGGGGGGUGGCACGACGCUGUCCCACCGCAGCUACAGGCUGGCCUCAGACACAGACAUGCCCAAAGUGGCAGGAAUCGUCAAUGAGAAGCUGUUGAGUGACUAUCUAAACCACAUAUUCCCCAGCACCAGCAAGCCUCAACAGCCAGCAGCAGCGUUCAGGAAGCCGCUAACCUUUCUGGAUCUGGGGGAUCACUUGGACAGGCUGCUAGCAGAAGGGGAGGCUGCUGAGGAGAGCAAAGAUGUUGAUGGGCGCCUGGGCCCUCCCACUGUUGUCCUGGACCACACCAGUGGCUUCGAGGGGCUGCUCUUAGUGGACGAUGACCUCCUAGGGGUUAUUGGACACAGCAAUUUCAGCUCCAUCAGAGCUACCACCUGUGUGUUCAAAGGGAAGUGGAGCUAUGAGGUGUUGAUCUCCUCUCAGGGUUUGAUGCAGAUUGGCUGGUGCACUCUGAACUGCAGAUUUAACCAGGAGGAGGGAGUGGGAGACACAGAGGAUUCGUACGCCUAUGAUGGGAAUCGAGUGCGCAAGUGGAACGUCACCACCACCAACUACGGCAAGUCCUGGGCUGCAGGGGAUAUUGUGACCUGUCUAAUAGACCUGGAUGAAGGGACAAUCUCAUUCUGCCUGAAUGGUCAGUCUCUGGGCACUGCGUUCAGUUCCAUUAAGAUUGGUCCUGGCCUGGCCUACUUCCCUGCCAUUAGCCUGUCCUUCAAGGAGUCUGUGGCUUUCAACUUCGGCAGCCGGCCACUCCGCUACCCUGUUGAGGGCUACCAGCCCCUGCAGGAUCCACCAAGCGCUGACCUCCUGAAAGCAGAGAGGCUUCUGGGAUACAUAAAGAACGUCUUCACCACGAAAAUCGACACGCAGGAGGGAAAGCUGUUGGUGAAGGACAGUGCUGCCUGGGAGCUGCAGGGGGAGCCCACUGUGCUGGUGACGCUGGCUCACAUCUUCAAUCACUUUGCUCCCUUAAUGUGCAAGGUGUACCUGGUGGAGGGCGUCCUCAUGCGCUUCCUGCUCAGUAUUCUGGAGGGGGGCGGCUCUGUAGACGAACACCCCCUCAUACAGAAACUGCUAGACCUCAUGUGGCUGCUGAUGGAGGACUAUGAGGUGAACGAGUGUUUGAAGCAGCUGAUGAUGUCACUCCUGAGGGCUUACAGAUUCUCUCCCAUCAUCCCUGAUCUGGGCUUCCAGAUUCAUUAUCUUCGUCUGACGACGGCCAUCCUCCGACAUGAGAAUUCCAGAAAAUACCUGCUGAGCAACGUCCUGUUCGACGUGCUGCGCUCCGUGGUGUUCUUCUACAUCAAGACUCCUCUGCAAGUGAAGGAGGCUGGCCUGGAGGAGCUGAUCCCGACCACCUGGUGGCCCAGCCACUUCGACAAGGAGGGGAGGGAUGAGCGUGAGGCACGAGAGGAGAGUCCAGAGGAGAGGCUGAGGCGCAGGGCCUAUGAGCGAGGCUGCCAACGGCUCAAGAAGCGCAUUGAAGUCGUGGAGGAGCUGCAGGUCCAGAUCCUGAAGCUUCUGCUGAACAACAAGGACAAAGGGACGGGUGAAGCUUCCCGGUACAUCUUCCUGAAUAAGUUCCGCAAGUUUCUACAGGAAAACGCCAGCAACAGAGGGAACCCCACAGUGCUGUGCCCCCCGGAGUACAUGGUGUGUUUCUUGCAUCGUCUCAUCGCUGCAGUGCGCUUCUACUGGGAGGAGAGCAAGCGCAAGAGCUCUGGAAUGCUGGGCAGUGAAGAGGCCUACGUCCCUCCUCAGCUCUUCUACAAUGGGAAGGUGGACUACUUUGACCUACAGAGGCUGGGCGGCCUUCUCUCUCACCUGAAGAAAACCCUCAAAGAUGACCUGGCGACUAAAGCAAACAUCAUCAUCGAUCCGUCUGAGAUCCAGGCCAUGUCCAUGGAUGAUCUGGAUGAGGACGAGGAGAACGGGACAGUCCAGAGGCCCGCUGGUGCCACUGCGAUGGGCGGGGCCCUGGCUAGACCCAGCUGGCUGAGCUCUCCCACACUGGGCCGGGCCAACCGCUUCCUCAGCACCGCUGCAGUCAGCCUCAUGAGCCCACGCCGACCCCUGGGCACUCCUGAGAGGAUGAAGGUGCGCACCCUCUCCGUGGAGCAGAGGACAGAGGAGGACAUUGAAGGUAGCCAUGGUAACGAUGGCUUGUUGCAGGGGCGACCCCCGGAGGAGUCGGAUCAGCCAAUCACAGAGAAGUCCCUGCUGGAGAUCGUAGAUGGCAUUGUGAUGAUGUACAACCUGAGUGUACACCAGCAGCUGGGCAAGAUGGUGGUUGUGUCAGAUGAUGUCCACGAAUAUGCAGUCGCCCUGAAGGACACUGAGGAGAAGAUUGCUCGCUGCCCCAAGCAGAGGGAGGAUAUCCUGGAGGAGCUGAUGAAGAGUCAGAAGGUCUUUGCAGAGAAGCUCAAUCACCUGAGCCGACGGCUUGCCUGGAUCAAUGCUACCAUCUACUCGAAGGAUAAAAUGCUGGAUAUCUACUGGCUACUGCGUGUGUGUAUCCGCUCCAUCGAGCAUAUGGACAGGACGGGCUCCCUGUUUGCAUUCACUCCAGAGUUCUACCUCAACGUGGCGAUGAACAGCUACAGCGCCCUCAAGAACUACUUCAGCCCUUCCAACAGCAUGGAUGAGCUGCCUGGCUACGAGGAAACACUGACCCAGCUGGCUGCUAUUCUAGCUAAACACUUUGCAGACCCCCGGAUCGUGGGCACAGAUAUCAAGGACUCAUUGAUGCAGGCACUGGCCAGCUAUGUGUGUUACCACCAGUCACUGCGAGCAGUGGAGCGCAUUCCCGAGGAGCAGAGGGUGGCCAUGAUGAAGAACCUGCUGGCUCCCUAUGAGCAGAGACCCUGGGCACAGACUAAUUGGAUCCUCGUGCGCCUCUGGAGGGGCUGUGGCUUUGGUUACAGAUACACACGGCUCCCUCACUUGCUCAAAACCAAACCUGAGGAUGCCAACCUGCCCAGUCUACAGAAGCCCUGCCCCUCUAUCUUGCUCCAGAAGCACAUGGCAGACCUCCUGAGCAGAGACAAGGAGAUGGCAGCCAGCUUCCUCAACAGCGUCCUCAAUCAGCUCAACUGGGCCUUCUCCGAGUUCAUCGGAAUGAUCCAGGAGAUCCAGCAGGCAGCAGAGCGGCCCGAGAGGAACUUCGUGGACACACGGCAGCUCAAGGUGUGUGCGACGUGCUUCGACCUGUCCGUCAGUCUUCUGCGGGUGCUGGAGAUGACAGUCACCCUCGUCCCCGAGAUCUUCCUGGACUGGACUCGCCCCUCCGCAGAGCUGCUGCUGCGCCGCCUCGCACAGCUGCUCAACCAAGUUCUGAACAGGGUCACCGCAGAGAGGAAUCUGUUUGACCGGGUUGUCAACUUGCGUCUGCCAGGACUGGAGAGCGUGGAUCACUACCCUAUCCUGGUGGCUGUGACUGGGAUACUUGUCCGUAUUCUUGUGGACUGUGAAAUGCAGGGGGCAGCCCGUGCCUCUGCAGUCCUGCUGUCUGAUCCCUGCUUCCAGCUGCACUCCAUCCAGCACCUCCUGGGAGAAUCGGAGCUCUUAUCUUCGUUCAGAGCGCCCCCCCCGCCUGCAGAGCGCAAACACUUCUCCUUGCACACCUACACAGAUUACAUCAGCCCAGAAGAGCAGCAGAAGGUGGAGAGGAUGCUGUCCUUCCUGACUAAAGAGUCCAAGGAGGCUGCCGCCAGCGCUGCGGUGAGUGCUCCCACCAGUGAAGAGGACUUGUGUCCGAUCUGCUAUGCACACCCCAUCUCCGCCAUCUUCAAACCCUGCUCCCACAAAUCCUGCAAAGCCUGUAUCAACCAGCACCUGAUGAACAACAAGGAGUGUUUCUUCUGCAAAGCCACCAUCACUGGAGUGGACGACUACAGCAAGCCCCCAUCCUCCUAGCACCAGCCAGCCAGCCCUCGAGAGGCAGGGCCACCAACACAUCCGCACACACUGACGCAUGGCUUCAGAAACCGAGUCAACGUUGUUCAAAAUCAAAUCUAAUAAAAUGAGGCUGGAUAAUGAAAAA